AUGGCAGAGCUCACGAUCUCACCACCUUCAGACUACUUCGGGCACCAUCCCUCUCCGAGCACUACGAAUGUAAGAAACUACCAUGAUCAGAGCCAGCACCUGCACAACAACACGAUCUCACACUCUAACUUGCACCAUCCCUCCCCGCGCACUACAAAUGUGGAAAACUACCACGAUGAGAGCCAGCAUAGCCACACCCACCAUUACGUGAACAGUCAGAGUUUUGCUGGGGAGACCGUUUUUGGUACCACUAUCAUCAACGAGCAACACAGCAGUGGCCAUCCUGCCCUCUCCGAUGAUGUCGCAAGGCUCUUCAACGACACCGUCGUUGACUGUGCCAUUACAGCUAAUCUUGAGGUCCCACUCGCCCCGCAAGGUCAAGCUGGCGAUGGCGCCAAUCCGGCCGCUGAUACAAGCGACAUCGUCCUUGAUGAACUUCAAGAUCCAACAUUUACGCGAACGCCCGAACAAUCCUACGUUUACGUAGGUCAGCUCAAAAAAAUAAUAUUGAAGAUGAAAGAAGGAAAACACAUCCUGACGGAAGACGACCUGAACGACCUCAAUACAUCUUUAUUUGGAUCUAAUGCCGCCAGUCGUGGUAUACUAGGUUAUGAUCGUGACUAUGUUCGGUGGAAACUCAGGGACGGGUCUCAAGCACCAAUUGUUGCCGACUUCUUAGAACAGAUGAGGCGUCUCUCGCAAUUUGUUCAGGGGAUGGGGGGAGGUGAAACGAUUGCGCAGCUUGUGAAUGCUCUGAGGUUAUCCGAGACUGGGGACGACACCGUCAAAAGACUUCAAGCAUGGCGUCUUCUCUGGUUGUCUCUGCUCUUCGAUCACUCGAUGGUAAUUGGAAGUCAGAGUUUAAAAACCCAAAUCCACUCCUUCUUUGGCCUUCCCUGUCCCGGAUUCCAACGUUCUUUCAAUAUCACACUUAAACAUCUCGUUGAGGUCGAUAUAGAAGUAAUACCAACGGAGAACAUCAGGGAACAUUUUCAGCUAGACGGGAAGAAAUUGAAGGUUUUGAGACUUAGCCCUGUCGAUGCGAUUAGCCUGGCGAGUUAUAACAAUAACUUGAUUGCUCGGGCGUUUGGCGUAGAAACGUUGGGGUCCGAGAUCUUACACUCUCUUUAUGUACUUUACGGUCGGGACCGGUACAGGAUGGAAGCAGAGGCACUCGGACUGGGGCCAAAUUGGACGUGGAACGAAGUCAUACGCCGAGAAGACUUUUUACGCAAUAGGGAAUGCCAGCCCCAGGUUUUGAUGCGUCGAGUCUAUUCUCUUGAGAAACUUAUUCGAUAUCGCCGCUCUUGGCUGCCCUCUUUGAUACGAGAUGUGCGUAAAAGCAAACGCCAGCAGCCUUUUGUGUUUUGGGGCUCCGUUCUUGCGAUUUUGUAUGGAACGUCUUCAAUUUUACAAACUCUGGCCUCGUUUUGGUCUGUCGUUUUAGUUUAUAAACCGCCUUCCCAUCCAUCUUGA